CUUCGAUUUUCAGCGCUCUUCAACCUCAGCCUCAGCCCAUGACCAAGAUGCGCUACCCCGUUGCUCCCGAGGCCGCUACACGUCUUCUGAACUUCGUGAAUGCAUCUCCUACCCCAUUUCAUGCAGUCCAUAAUGCCUCCCAGCGCCUCGAAGAAGCAGGAUUUAGGAAGCUACGGGAAGUAGAUGCUUGGGAUAAAGAAAUGAAAGCUGGGGGGAAGUAUUACUUCAGCAGGAAUCAGUCUGGUGUCGUCGCAUUCACUCUUCCUCAAAAAUGGAAGCAAGGGGCCGGUUUAAGUAUCGUAGCCACCCAUAUCGAUAGCCCAAAUCUCAGAGUUCGCCCGAUCUCGAAACGAGAGAAUGCUGGUUAUCUUCAAGUCGGGAUCGAAACGUACGGUGGAGGGAUUUGGCAUUCUUGGUUAGAUCGGGACCUCUCGCUUGCAGGAAGGGUAAUCACUGCUGAUAAGACGGGACAGUAUUCCUCUCGCCUUGUCAAAAUCCACCGACCGAUCUUGCGAAUUCCCACUCUGGCUAUCCAUCUGGACAGAGAUGUAAACAACAGUUUAAAGUUCAAUCAAGAGACUGAAUUCGUCCCGGUUCUUGGCCUCAUGGCUUCGCAACUCAAUGCUCCGGGUGGCGCUGAAGAGAAGAAAAACGAUUCGCCUCCGGUCACGAGUAUCAGUGAAAACCAUCAUUCUUCUCUUAUUGCAUUACUUUCGGGUGAAUUGUCUGUUGCGCCUGAGGAAAUUCACGACUUUGAACUGCAUCUUUACGACACUCAGCCAGCUGUUCUCGGAGGUUUGAAUAACGAAUUCAUUUUUAGUCCCCGAAUGGAUAACCAGUUCUCAUCUUUCUGUGCUAUCGAAGCUCUGAUUGGGACGGCUUCUUCCAAUCUAUUUCCAAGUCUCGAAGGCAACGUGAAUGUCAUCGCCUUAUUCAACCACGAGGAAGUUGGUAGUGUUUCUACUACCGGUGCAGAAUCAAACCUCCUUCCAUCACUCUUAAAUCGUUUGUCGCCGACUCCAGAAACCCUAGGACAAAGUAUCUCUCGGUCCUUCCUCCUAUCUUGUGAUAUGAGCCACGCCAUUCACCCUAACUAUACUUCCAAACACGAAGAAAACCACAAACCGCAUAUGAAUGGCGGCAUAGUCAUCAAGACCAACGCGAAGCAACGAUAUACUAGUGACGCUGUUGGCGCCUUCAUCGUGAAAAAGUUGAUUGAGAAGAAAGGUGGAAAAGUUCAGGAGUAUGAAGUCCGAAACGACAUGUGGGUACACCCUCAUGUAUGUAUUGAUCAAUCAGCCGAUUUAUUCCUCGACAGGACUUGCGGUUCCACGGUCGGACCACACCUAUCCACUAUCGGCAUGAGGACGGUGGAUGUUGGGUCUCCAAUGUUAUCUAUGCACUCCAUCAGAGAAACGGCUGGUUCACAGUAAGUUUCCUUCCCUCU